AUGGCUCGAAGAGCCUGUGUAAAGCAGGCGAAAGGGAUUUUGGGUGUUGGCGAUGCCCCAUAUGAGCUCGUUCGAUCUAUCCUUUUAAAGGUCGAAAACCCAAAGCAGCUACACACCAUUGAGACGAACUCCCCCCAGCUCAGGGAGUAUACAGGGGAGCUUUGGAUUGAGCUUAUCAAACGGGAUAUCCCGUUCUGGAGGAAGGUCGAAUUUCCCGAAAAUCCGGAGAGCUGGUAUGACUUCUACUGCUCUCUCAGGGAGCAAGCGGCGCAGGAGCUUGAGCUGCAGGCCGAGAGAGUCAAGGAGGUCAUGGACGGGCUCAACUCUCAAAAGGCCAAGCACUCUGCGAAGAUGGUCAGCGCCACAAUGUUGGGCCUCCCGCAACAAAAGCCAACCAGUUCUCAAAAGUACGCCAACUAUGACCGCCAGAUGGGUGGCCUACAGCCGAGAUUUGUCUCAGCUCCUGCGCCAGGCCAAAAGGGACUCACAGCGUAUUCGAACAAGGCACCGUGGUCAUUUGAACGGCCAAAACUGCGCGCGCCGCCCAAAUCCAGGAAACCAGCUAUACCAGUCUUCAAGCGAAAUGACCGCCUUUGUACCCCAACUCACCAGCUAAGCAAGAAGGCGUCAGUUGUUAACCGAGCACCGAUUUCCUUUGUCGAAGAUUAUAAGAUGAAGCAACGUCUCGCUCAGCAAAACGCGAAAAUACCCAUCAGAACCCCCGCUCCUCCAAGAGCGUCAGGUAUUUCGACGCCGGGCCCGCAAAAAGGACCCGUUUCCAAAACCCAGACGAAAUCCUCUUCCUUGACAUUCCCUCAAGCAAGCAGACAUACAUCGUCACCCCUUAUCAAACCGAAACCGACGACCUCUAGUGCAGGAGGGACGCAAACUACCUCCGCGACAUUGCCGCUUCAGGCCACCAAAUCAAAGCCCAGCUCGUCGGUUGUGAAUCCAACCGCAAGCGCCGCUCAACAAUCGUCUCCGCCUAGGACUGUCGCUGCACCAUUUCGACGCCGAUCACCACCAAACCCACUUCUCAUUCCCAAGAAAAGGCCGACAUCGUCGUCAGCGCAAAUGUCUUCAAGCCCAACCCUCCAAACGGCUCCUUGUAGACAUUCUACCGAACCGGGAUCCUCGAGCCUGCAGGGAGCUGGCAACGCUAAGAGACAGCGCAUAUCUUGA